AUGUUGAACGACAGCGAAACAGUGAAAGCCCUCGGUAUCAACUGGUACCCAUCCGACGAUGAAUACGGGUUCAAGGUCAACUUUUCUCCGUCCAGCAUUAAUACGAAGCGCCAAAUGAUUUCGGACUCAGCAAGGCUCUUUGACCCGUUCGGCUGGCUGGCUCCAGUAACAGCCAAAAUCAAGAUUCUCUAUCAACACUUGUGGCUCUUCGAUGUUGGUUGGGACGAUCCUCUGCCAGCCAUCGUCGAAGGUGAAUGGCAAGCAGUGAAGCAAAGCUUGUCCCAACUCGAAGCUAUUAGAAUUCCACGAUGCAUCUUCCCUUGUCGUGGUCGGAUUCAACUUCAUGGUUUCUGCGACGCCUCCGAGCAGGCCUACGGAGCGGUGGUCUACGCGAGGACAACCGAUGACAAUGGCAACGUGUCGGUGGUUCUGGUUGCCGCCAAAUCACGGGUAGCACCGAUCAAGCAAAUUUCGCUGCCCCGCCUGGAGCUCAACGGUGCACAUCUGCUUACGGAUCUGAUGCGCCAAAUCACCGAAGCUCUACCACACGUAGAAGUCGACCAUUGGGCGUGGACUGACUCGAGCAUUGUCCUCCAUUGGUUGGCGUCCCAUCCUCGUAAAUGGAAAACUUUCGUGGCCAAUAGAACUGCUGCCAUACUGGAAUACUUGCCACGAAGCUGCUGGCGCCACGUUUCUAGCAAGGAAAAUCCCGCUGAUUUGGCAUCACGCGGUCUAACGCCGACCGAGUUGGUUGGCAAUCGGCUGUGGUUCCAAGGUGCACCGUGGUUGAAGAACGACGAAUCGGAAUGGAAUCAGGAUCCGCCCCUCGAGGCGGUCGAUGAAGAUGCAAUGGAAGUCAAACGUGUCAAGUCUCUACAUACCACAACGACAAGGGCAGCAACUAGCUUCGAGAUUGAGAAGCAACUGAUCACCAAAUGUUCCAGCUUCUUCGUCCUGGUUCGCUUGUUGGCUUGUGUGCAACGUGCCAUCCACAACUUCAAAUCCUAUGUACGCAAUCAAGCCAUCGACGAUCGACGCACUGGUGAAGCUACACCGGAUGAACUGCAUCGAGCCAAGAUUCAACUUCUGCAAGCAGCACAGCACGACGAGUAUGGUCAAGAGGUAGAACUUCUACGGAAGGGUAAGUCUUUGCAAUCCAAACACAUUCUUUCUCCGUUGCAUCCCUUUCUGGACGUUGAUGGCACUAUGCGUGUGGGCGGCCGUCUGCAAAACUCGGCCCAGCCAUACGAUAUGAUGCACCCCAUCAUUUUGCCACCAAGGCAUCGAGUUACGGAGCUACUAGUGCGUGAUCUACACCUGAGAGACCUACAUGCUGGGUCGGCUCUUCUGACAUCAACACUUCGUCAACAGUACUGGAUAAUUGGCUGCCAAACGGUCGUUCGGAAGGUAGUACAAGGCUGCACACGAUGCGUACGUCUCAAGGGAAAAACGGCUGGUCAGCUGAUGGGCAACCUACCACCGGCUAGAGUGCUGGCCACACGAGCAUUUUCACAUGUUGGCGUGGAUUAUGCUGGGCCCAUUAUGCUGAAGGCAGCGUGCGUUCGAGGAGUGAAAACCACCAAAGGAUACCUCGCGGUAUUUGUGUGUCUAUCGACCCGUGCGAUCCACCUGGAAGUGGCAAGUGACCUUUCAUCCGAUACUUUCCUUGGAGCUCUGAAGCGAUUCAUAUCACGCCGUGGUUAUCCUGUGGAGAUCCGAUCGGACAACGGGACCAACUUCGUUGGCUGA